AUGACCAGCAUAGAAAGGAAGGUCGCGAGAGGCGGCAGCUCGGAGGCAGAAGAUGAAAGUUCCACCGCUCCCGCCCUGUACAGUAAGUGCAGGGAGGUAGAUUGGCUGAAACUCUUCGACGAGAUGGGGCAGCGAUGCGAGGAGGAGGUUGUCGAACCACCACCACCACCACCACCACCACCACCACCACCACCACCACACAAUCAAAAAAGGCAAGGAGAAAAAGGCAAGGAGAAAAAGGCAAGGAGAAAAAGGCAAGGAGAAAAAGGCAAGGAGAAAAAGGCAAGGAGAAAAAGGCAAGGAGAAAAAGGCAAGGAGAAAAAGGCAAGGAGAAAAAGGCAAGGAGAAAAAGGCAAGGAGAAAAAGGCAAGGAGAAAAAGGCAAGGAGAAAAAGGCAAGGAGAAAAAGGCAAGGAGAAAAAGGCAAGGAGAAAAAGGCAAGGAGAAAAAGGCAAGGAGAAAAAGGCAAGGAGAAAAAGGCAAGGAGAAAAAGGCAAGGAGAAAAAGGCAAGGAGAAAAAGGCAAGGAGAAAAAGGCAAGGAGAAAAAGGCAAGGAGAAAAAGGCAAGGAGAAAAAGGCAAGGAGAAAAAGGCAAGGAGAAAAAGGCAAGGAGAAAAAGGCAAGGAGAAAAAGGCAAGGAGAAAAAGGCAAGGAGAAAAAGGCAAGGAGAAAAAGGCAAGGAGAAAAAGGCAAGGAGAAAAAGGCAAGGAGAAAAAGGCAAGGAGAAAAAGGCAAGGAGAAAAAGGCAAGGAGAAAAAGGCAAGGAGAAAAAGGCAAGGAGAAAAAGGCAAGGAGAAAAAGGCAAGGAGAAAAAGGCAAGGAGAAAAAGGCAAGGAGAAAAAGGCAAGGAGAAAAAGGCAAGGAGAAAAAGGCAAGGAGAAAAAGGCAAGGAGAAAAAGGCAAGGAGAAAAAGGCAAGGAGAAAAAGGCAAGGAGAAAAAGGCAAGGAGAAAAAGGCAAGGAGAAAAAGGCAAGGAGAAAAAGGCAAGGAGAAAAAGGCAAGGAGAAAAAGGCAAGGAGAAAAAGGCAAGGAGAAAAAGGCAAGGAGAAAAAGGCAAGGAGAAAAAGGCAAGGAGAAAAAGGCAAGGAGAAAAAGGCAAGGAGAAAAAGGCAAGGAGAAAAAGGCAAGGAGAAAAAGGCAAGGAGAAAAAGGCAAGGAGAAAAAGGCAAGGAGAAAAAGGCAAGGAGAAAAAGGCAAGGAGAAAAAGGCAAGGAGAAAAAGGCAAGGAGAAAAAGGCAAGGAGAAAAAGGCAAGGAGAAAAAGGCAAGGAGAAAAAGGCAAGGAGAAAAAGGCAAGGAGAAAAAGGCAAGGAGAAAAAGGCAAGGAGAAAAAGGCAAGGAGAAAAAGGCAAGGAGAAAAAGGCAAUGAGAAAAAGGCAAUGAGAAAAAGGCAAUGA